UGUAACUCUGUACAUAAAGGACAGACGUAAGAGCAUAUAUGCUGGUCAGCAUGGUAAUUGAAUAAGGACGUCUGUGGUAGAAACUAAACUAGGCGCACACAAGUUAAACAGGUCCAGUUUUUUUAUCAUAAGCGACCAGUUUCAACAAUGUAAACAACAGCAAUGCCAGAACCCAGGAGCUCUCAUAUAUCUACUCAAUAUACCUCGUAGUUGACUACUCGGCAUCAUGGCAGAGCGUAGAUUCACCCGUGCUUUGGGCAAGCCGGGUAUGGCUGCUCAAGUGCGAGAGAAUGUGUCCCAGGCAGUAAAAGCAACAGCUACUCAGGUCAAACCACGGUUGGCAGACCCCAUAGACUUUGAAGAAUUUGUUUCUAAAAAUAAAGUGAUGCUGAAUAAUGAUACCUUGAGGGAGCUCCUUAUGUAUCCUCUUGAUGAUAUCUCGCACUGUGUUGUUCGUCGGGUUACAAGAACGUUACAGUCAUUGGCUGCUGUUCAUCUUGAAGAGGAAGUGACAAAUCCUCUAGUGCGGCAGUGCCUUGCAACAUACUCACAAGAUCUGACUACCAUUACGCACAAAUAUCUACCUUAUUCCGGCUCUUAUCUCCAUUUGCCAAGAUUACCUCGUGUGGACGAUCUAAAAGAGCAAGUUUAUGAAGUAGACACUGACAUUGAACAAGGGGACCUUGCUAUUUUGACUAAUGGUGAGAAUAUUUUAAAGAAGGGGUAUCUCCUAAAAGGUCCUGAAAGUGGCAAUGAGAAGAUUUUUGGUAAUUUCUCUUCCAAGACUUUUAAGAGGAGAUUUGCAUGUUUAAGGCAAGAAGUUGAUGGUACUUACCUACUGGAGUUUCACAAAGAUGAAAGAAAACAUGACCCUAAAGGGACCAUUGUAAUGGAUUUUUGCACACAGAUAUCUAAAAAUCCACGCCGUGGGAAGUGCUGCUUUGAGCUACAUAUGUCUGAGUGUGGAAAAUCUGUCUUGUUAUCUGCAGAGAGUGAGGCUGACUUAGAGGACUGGAUGGAUAAACUCACCCGUGUUAUUCAUGCUGACAAACCUCUGGAUGAAUCCAGAACAGAAAGAGGCUCAACACCUCCAUCGAGUAACUAUGGAACUUUACGAGGUUUAGAGCAUAGUCUUAAUCCUCAGCUUAUUAAAUAUGCCCACGAGACAGACUUUUCCAUUGCACAAGCAAGACGAGAAGACAGACAUCAACUCUUCACAUGCUAUCCAAAUCUCCCGCGUUCUGAGGGGGAGAAUGGCAGUGUUGAGCUAAGGGAUGAAAGCCUGAUAUGGCCGUAUGAAGAAAAAUUUGGAACUCGAUUUCGAGUUAUCUUUGAGAGUAUCAAGUUUAGACUUCAGGCUCCCCUGGAUUCAGGAGAUGGUCCACUGUCUCAGUUGGAACCAUAUAUGACACAUGCAUCACUCUAUGAUGUUAUACAAGGCUGCAAGAUUUCCGAAGACUUUCAUUUUGACCUUAAUAACCCUAUGGUACGCAGCCUGCUAUCCAAAGCGAAGAAGAAAUCUGAUGAUCCCAAGGAUAGCACUGGAACAUCAUUACCUCUAUCGCUUGCUGGAGUGCCUGAGGAGUGGAUUGCACACCCUAAACAGGCUGUGAUGAGUGUGACAAGGCCUCAUAGUGAUGUCUUUCUUGUAAUAAGCAUUGAGAAAGUUCUUCAGGGAUCCAUUAGUCAGACUGUGGAGCCAUAUCUCAAGAGUAUGGACUCCAAGGGUAUCCAGAAACUGCAAAAACUUAUCAAAACUUGCUGCUAUAGGCUUGGUGAAUUUAGAAUGCCUUUUGGCUGGUGUGCUCGCCCACUGUUUAAGAGCUCUGGCAAUCUUGACACAGAUUCAGAUUUUUCUCCAAUUUAUCGUUGUGAAGAAAAACGUCUUAGUGAACUUGAAUUCAUAAAGAUGCUCUCCGACUUCCGAAAGCCAGAAAAGAUGAAUAAAUUAACAGUCAUACCAGGAAGUGUUGGCAUCCAGAUUUUGCCAAUGGAAGUUACAUUACCAAAUUCACUGACACCUGCUCUGGAGCCAGUGAAGCCAUUUCCAAAUCCGCCUACCCAUGAGCCAACAGUGGAGGUGCAGGAGUUUCCAAGUAGCCACAUUGAUGACAUCCAUCCAUAUGUGAGCUAUUGCAAUCACCUUUAUGUCUAUCCACACUUCUUGAAUUAUGAGAAUCAGAAAAGCUUCAGUCGCGCAAGAAAUUUGGUUUGCACUAUUGAACUUCGAGAUUCUGAUGCCGAAGGUGCGACUCCUUUGCGAGCUAUUUAUGGCCGCCCAGGUUCAGGAACACUAACAGCCCAGAUGUCAACUGUAGUAUUGCAUCACAACACCUGGCCAGAGUGGGGUGAUGAAAUAAAGAUUUUACUACCUCACAAUCUAACUGCACUGCAUCAUCUACUCUUUACCUUCUCACAUGUGGCUAUUGAAGCAGCCAAAGCAGGGAAAAGAGAUGUACCAGUUGAGACUGUGGUUGGUUAUUCAUGGUUGCCUCUGACAUUAAAAGGAAGAAUUGUUAUUGAAGAGCAGGUCCUUCCUGUAGCAGCUCACUUACCAGCUAAAUACCUCUCCAUUGAACCACUAGGCCUUGGAAAAGGGUUUGCUGGACCAGAAGUGCGUUGGGUGGACAGCCAGAAGAAUGUGUUUCGUGUAUCUAUGCGCUUAGUCUCCACAGUUUUAAGUGCAGAUCAACAUCUGCACAAUUUCUUUCACUCCAGUGCCUCUCUUCUUCCCCUGAUUAGCUCCUCUGGUGGAACUUGUGCUGCUUCUAGCCCAAGAUCUGCUCAACCAAUGGAUGUGGAAACACUUAAAAAUCUAAAAGCCCUGCAUGCUUUAGAAGUUGGAUCUAUUAUUGCCUUCCUACCAACACUCCUCAACCAGCUGUUGGGAGCCCUCCUUAAUGGUGGUCCAGAUGUUGCUACAAAUGUCUUAAGAGUUAUGGUUCAUGUUAUAGAUCAAGUGUAUGAAGCAGGUCGUGAUGACAUCUUACACUCAUACAUUAAGUAUGUUAUGAGUAUCUCAUGCCAUGGCCGCAAGACAAUCCAUGAAGAACUGUGUCACUCUCUGGCAGAGCUCCUCCAACCUUCCAGCAUGGAUCAGCUGAUUACAAACAAAAUUCUUCGACACAGCCAAUUUUUUUUUGCAUUCAUUGCCCGUUCCAUGGCCCUACAUUUACUUACUACUGCAAGAAUCAAGAUGGUGCGAAACGAGAGAUUUAGUGAAGAGUACCAGACAGAGGUUCGGUCAGUGGUUGAACUGGUGUCGACACACAUUAUUCAAAGUUACAAAGAAACCCCGGUUGAAGCAAGGGCUGCCAACAUUGCCCUGGCCCACUUUAUCAAGCGUUGUCUGAGCAUGAUGGACCGAGGAUAUGUGUUUGGCCUUACCAAGUUGUACCUGGAACAUUUUAGUCCUGGUGAUCCUAUUGUUCUUCACAUGUACAAGUUUACUCUGCUGCGUGUGGUGUGCUCACAUGAGCACUUCAUACCAUUAAACCUCCCAGUUUUCAAUACUCCUCAUUCCAUAGAUGCCAAAAAAGCAAAAUUACGUCAUGGAACAGAUGAAUUCUACCUUAGUGCAGACUUCAACUCUCGGCACUUUCUUGUUGGUGCAUUGCUGAGCGAAGUUCGUGCUGCUCUUGGGGAAGUUGCUGAAGUACAAAGAGUGGCCAUUGGUGUACUUCGAGAUUUGCUUGCAAAACAUGCUUUUGAUGAUAGAUACUUGCAGUCUGCUCAACAAGGGAGAAUUGCCUGCCUAUAUUUUCCAAUAGUCUCAGUCUUGUUGGAGAAUGUGAAGAGGCUUAGCUGGCCUGCAGUGCCUUCCAGUUCUACAGGCUCGGCAUUGAGGAGAGUUGAUCCUCGAGCCAGUGCCAGAGCUCGUAUUGCAAGAUCAGGGGGAGGAAGUAUUGACAUGAGCACCUAUAGUACACCCUCUCGUAAAGGCUCUAGUCGUGAUCCCUCAUUUCUUACUGCUCGAGGGGAUUCCUCAUACCUGGCACUAAUUGCUGGACCAGGUGGAGUAAUGACUAAUCAAGCUAAUCUAGUCAAUGGCAGGUCUAGCUCCAGCCUUGAAUCAGAGGAUCAAGUGCCAUCUGUAGCAAAUUCGGACCUACUUGAAGAGGAAUUGGAGGAUGACAUUGCUGAAGAGGGAAGAAGUCAUUCAAGAAAUUUAAGUGUGGCAUUUGCUGGAGAAAGUGGACCUGUAAGAUACGACAAGCUGUGCCCUGGAGAAGUACGUGAUCUCCUCCUAUGUUUCCUGCAUACGCUUAAGCACGUUCCUGAGCCACAUUUGGUGUCUUGGUGGGCGACGCUCGGUAAUGAAGCGCUGGGCCACUUCUUUACUCUUCUCCAGUUGUGUUUACAUCACUUCAAAUACAGUGGCAAGAGACAGAUAGUGAGGGAACAAGGGCCAAAGAGAGCAUCAACUCUCCCAGCAAAAUUACAGCCUCCUUUCUCUUGUAGUAGAUUAUCUACAGCAACUGAUAGUUACAGUGUCAGUAGCCAUGAGGGAGAAGGCUGGCUGAAGGCUCUACAGGAGGCCAAUCUGGCCACAGAAGUUGGUCUCAUUGUACUUGAUGCCCUUGGUAACUUUACCACCCACUGCAGUGACAUCCUUACAUCUGAUGGGGCCGAGACUAUUAUGCAACAAGUUUUUUCAUUGCAUCUACUUUAUCUGCAACUUGGACAGUCAGAGAGUCUUAUGAAGCAUGUGUUUGCCUCUCUCAGGGCAUUCAUAAAUAAUUUCCCACGGACCCUCUUUCAAGGCGAUGCUUCACUGUGUGGGUCUCUCUGCUUCGAGAUGUUGAAGUGCUGCAACAGUAAGCUGACCAAUCUACGUCACGAAGCUUGUGCCGUACUUUACCUGCUAAUGAGGAGUAACUACGAAUUCACUCGACGAACAGGCAUCAACCGAGUACAUUUGCAGGUAAUCAUCUCCGUGUCACAGCUUCUUGGGGAAAUAAUUGGCUUGAAUUAUUCGCGGUUCCAAGAGUCCAUGGCUCUCAUCAAUAGUUAUUCUUCUAGUGACAAGGCAAUGAAUAAUACAGGAUUUGUUAGUGAAGUGCGGGACUUGACAAAGAGGAUUCGAACAGUGUUGGUCGCUACUGCUCAGAUGAGGGAGCAUGAACGUGACCCAGAGAUGUUGUGCGAUCUGCAGCAUUCUCUAGCUGCCUCAUAUGCUGCAACUCCUGAAUUGCGCACCACCUGGCUUCAAGCAAUGGCCAAGCAUCAUGUCAAGAAUGGAGAUCUCUCAGAGGCUGCAUUUUGCCAACUGCAUAUUGCAGCCCUCAUGGCCGAGUAUUUGCGUCAUCAAGGAGAAUUUCCCGAGGGUUGCCAGGUCUUCUCUAUCAUAUCAGACAACAUUCCAAGAGAUGAGUCUAACUUAAGGUUGGAUGCUGACGUUGCAUGCAGCUCGCAGACUCUUCGCUUACACACCGGUUUAGUGGACACUGUGUUUACAAUGGACUCAUUAAUCAAUCAACUGGAGUUAGCUGGUGGAAUGGUUGAACGAGCAGAGCGAUAUGAACUGCUUGGUAAUCUUUACCGUAUCCUCAUUCCCAUAUAUGAGGCACGACGCAACUACCCAGCACUUGUCCAGUGCUAUUCUCAUUUGUAUCAGGCCUAUUCACGUGUGGUUGAAGUUAAUGCAUCACAAAAGAGGUUACUUGGUCGUUACUACAGAGUUGUCUUUUAUGGACCUAGUUACUUUGAAGAAGAAGCUGGGAAGGAGUAUGUAUAUAAGGAACCCAAAGUUACAUCAUUAGCAGAGAUAUCUGAACGUCUCUACCAUCAGUACUGUGACAAGUUUGGCAAGGAAGCUGUCAAGAUGAUUAUGGAUUCAAAUUUUGUUGAAGCUGAUGAACUGGAAUCGCGUUAUGCUUACAUCCAAGUGACCCAUGUGUCUCCGUACUUCCCGGAGGAGGAGCGAGUAAACCGACAGAAUGAAUUCGACCGUAACAACAAUAUCAACACAUUUAUGUUUGAAACGCCAUUUACACAAGGAGGCAAAGCUCAUGGCAAGUUGGAGGAACAAUGGAAGAGAAGAGUUAUCGUCAAGACAGAUUAUACAUUUCCAUAUGUAAAGAAGAGAAAUCUGAUUGUUGAUACAGAAGUUUUGGAAAUGUCUCCAAUUGAAGUAGCAAUAGAUGAAAUGGAAAGUCGUGUUAAGGAACUUUUGGAGAUUAUUAACAAGAAACCAACUGAUAUAAAGAAACUUCAACUCAAACUUCAGGGCAGUAUCAGUGUCCAAGUAAAUGCUGGACCAUUAGCAUAUGCUUCAACUUUCCUCGAUGAGUCUCAUUCAGCCUCAUACCCUAUGAAUCAAGUACUACGUCUUAAGGAUGUAUACAGAGAAUUUGUAUGCACUUGUAAGGAGGCUCUGGAUCUGAACAGUCUAGUUAUAAAUAGUGAUCAGUAUGAAUACCAAAUGGCUUUAGAGAGUAAUUUUUCUGAGCUGUUGCAGUCGCUUUCAUCUAUCCUUAGCGAGCCUCUACUGGCAGCUCAAAUUGCUGUUGACAGUGUUUUGAAGAGGUCAUCACAGCACUAUCUCAGCAUGAUAAGUUCACCUGGAGGAGCCAGCAAUGCAUGAAGUCAUACUGCCAAGGUAAUCAGUGUAGAUAUACAAAUUUUAUUGACGUUAAUAGAAUUUUCAUAAGAAUUUAUUGAACAUUGAUAAACAUGCCUUUGAUAUAUAUGUGACAAAGUUGUGUGAAAUUAUCAUUUCAGAUGUUCUAUGCCAGAAUUAAAUGGGAUAUUGGUCUGAAUAAUUUAUAAGCUUGCAUAGUGUUUACUUCUUAGAUCUUGAAGCAUAGUCACGUACCUGAACUUCUACAAGCAGGGUAAAGGCAUUAUAAUGGGAGGAUUUUAACCAUAGGUGGAUAGUUGUUAACUUUGAUAUGGAAAGUAAAUCAGAUACUGGAAAUUAUGGCUCCUUUAUAUGUGUAUUAAGUUUCUCAAGAUGUCAAAAAACUGUGCCAUGGAUAAACUUAAUACUGUAAAUAGGUUGAGAAGAUUUUGACUUGGAAUUUUAGUGCCAUUAUUAUUAUUAUUAUGAUAUGACAUUGCCCGGUGAGUACGUAGCAGUGUACAAAGGUUUUUAACUUUUUUGGCGAAUCUCAUACAUGUUAUAAGUUAAAUUAUCUACUUUUUUAUUAGAUGUUAUUACAGAGUCUAUUCAUCAGAGUUAGCCUAUCAACAAGGAAGAUCUUAACCUUGGCUAUAAAGACAGAGUAUAUGCUGUUAUACAUUAAGUGUAUGCCUAUAUGUGAGUAUGUCAAUCAUAGUGUGCAAUAGACAUCUCAUUGCUUCAAGGAGUUUUCAGGCAGCUAAUAAGUAUUAUUUCAUGAAAACUCUAUAAUGCAAUCAGUCAAGAUUAGUUUGGUAUAAUGCGAUCAGUCAAGAUUAGUUUGGCUGGAUUAAUAUUUUAAAAUUUUUAUGGCAUGUCAUUAUGUGUAAAAUUUACUGCAUAGGGAAACUCGAAAAAAUUAUAAAUAUAAUUAUUUAUGCUGGCAGUUUUCCCAUUAACAAAUUAGUGUCUUUACACUUUUAGAGGUUGCUAUUUAUGACACUUUUUAGGUACUGUAUUUUAUUAGUCUUUUUGAAACUUUUAGAAAUAUUGCCUUCAAUACUUCCAGAAAGUAAUGUAUUUAAAUAAUGUAUUAAGACUGUAUUUAAAGAAAUUUAUCGCUGAUA